GCACCGCAGGGAGGGCAGGAGGCUGGAGCGCCUGCUGCCCGCCCGCCCGUAAAAUGGUCACCUCGGCUGGACAGCUCGCCCUGUUCGCGCUCGGUAUCGUGUUGGCUGUGUGCCAAGCCCUGGAGAACAGCACGUCCCCCCUGAGCGAUCCGCCUGUGGCCGCAGCAGUGGUGUCACAUUUUAAUGAAUGCCCAGAUUCCCACACUCAGUUCUGCUUUCAUGGAACCUGCAGGUUUUUGGUGCAGGAGGAUAAGCCAGCAUGUGUCUGCCAUUCUGGGUACGUGGGCGCACGCUGUGAGCACGCAGACCUCCUGGCCGUGGUGGCUGCCAGCCAGAAGAAGCAAGCUAUCACUGCGUUGGUGGUGGUCUCCAUUGUGGCCCUGGCUGUCCUCAUCAUUGCAUGUGUGCUGAUACACUGUUGCCAGGUCCGAAAACACUGUGAGUGGUGCCGCACCCUCAUCUGCCGGCACGAGAAGCCCAGUGCCCUCCUGAAGGGAAGGACUGCUUGCUGCCACUCAGAAACAGGUAGAGGGCUGCAUGGGGGAUUUAGGAGGCACUCCUGGGUGGGAAGAAAUGACCACCUUCUCCAGCCUUUCCAGAGAUGCUAUGUCAUCCGAGUCCCUCAUAACAAAAUUCCUUUUGAAGAAGUAAUGGGGUUAGGAGACAACUGCUGA